AUGACUACCGCCAAUUGUAUUCUGAUCAAUGAGGCGAAUCCACACAUGGUCAAGUUCAAAGUCAGAGGCAAACCUGCUUUUAUCGAUGACGAAGACAGUCAGCUGAGUAUUCUUGGCUUCAUCAGAGCUGUGUCAGAUCAAUUCGCCAAACAAGCAGGACGAAAAAUCAAUCUUUGGCGAGAAAUCCCGUGCAAGUUGAAUUUUUCGAGCAAAUUCAUGUUCAAAACGAAUGGAAACCGUCAACUUUCGACUGGCUCACGCCUAAAUGUGCGAAGAAGCUGGAAUUCAUCACCAUGCGCGAGCAAAAUGGAUGGCGAGAAGGACUUGUUCGAGUCUUGA